AUGCAGCGUCACGAGGGUCCCCAUGCGCUCCUUCCGGCGGUGCGCCAAGUGCUCCAGCUGCACGGCGGGGCGUUGCCGGCCUCGAUCCUGGGCGAUGAGCUGAGACGAAGGUCGCCAGAGCUGUGGAAAGCCUGGAAGUCCCAAGGUUCCCAAGGUGAAUCCAGUUUGGUGCGUUUGUGUGCAACUGCGGAAGGGUUUUCGGUGGAAGACGUGUCAAGCUCACAUGCCGAGCCUCUGAUCCGCUGUGACACUUCAGUUUCCGGAGGCUACCUACAAACUGAUGAUCAGGUUGGAGGUGGCCCUAAGGCGAAUCCUCUAAAUGAUCAGGAGAAAGUCAUCUACAGUUCUGAGCCUGAAGAUGUUGCAGAAAAAUCCCUGGAAGUGAGAAAGGCUUUAAGCAGCCGCAUGCUGCGACAUACGGAAGGGAGCAAUGGUGGGCCAGUGCCAGUGGCAUGGCUGACCGUUGCAUGUGAGAAGGAGCUUUUGCGACACAUACGUUUGUUCCCACAGUAUGAGCAAGAGAUUGCGCAACGCCUGCCACAUCUAGCAGAUUGUUUGAGCGAAUGCACUUGCGCAACAGUCACUUCACAAACUGGGAAGGCAGUACGAAAGAAACGUAUGGCGUAUCGGUUGGUUGCCCUGAUUUCAGAGGCCACGGAUACCUUCCAGAUCACCGUUCUGGAUGACCUUCUGAAAAGUCCAGUGACCCUGUUGAAGCCGCCGUCGCCUGCCCCACCUGAGCCCAGCGUGGGGCGCGUGGGGCGCCCGAGUCAACUGGGUGAGGGACGCCGUGCGUGGCGUCGAAGUCUGCCAGAGAUGCCCGGGACGGAGGAGGAACUGCGGUGCAAGUUGGAAGCGCUCAGAUGUGGUGAAGGUGAAGAAAGUGAAGAAACUGAACUUUGGUUGCUUCUCCUGCGUAACCAGGGCUCCCGCAGCAAGGAAGCACAGCUGAUGGCGUUGGAGUUUCACACUGCGGCCAUGGCAGUUGGAGUAGCUUCAUGCCAUCUCCAAGAAAUCGCCCCUGGAAUGCUGGCACUUCGGGUGUCCCAGGGGCAUGACAGCCCGGCCGCUGCCUUGCUGACGUUGGUCCCUGGUUUGGUCUCCGUCCGCCGCUGCCUGCGUUUGUGGAACGUGCUUGGAACGCUGGAUGAUCUGGCGCAGGGCCUGCAGGAGCUGCUAGCGUCUCGGGAGGUCCUGUCCUCCUGGUGGUUAGAUGUGGAACUGCGUGAAGCUCCAGUGAAUGCUGCUUGUUUGCCCCUGAAGCGUUCGCAUGGGGCCGAAGUGGUGCUGAAAGUGAUCAGCAAAAUGGCUGAAUCCGUGUAUGGCAUGGUGCCCAAGUUGCGUGAAGCCAGGGAGGAUCCUCAGCAUUUGCAAUUGGUCCUCUUGGAGGCUGAGGGAGGUGCCUAUUUGCUGGGCCAGGAGCUGGAUGUCAGGCAAAACAGGUCUCCAAUGUGCGCGUUGCCCAUGGCCUGUCAUGAGGCUUGGCUGAAGCGCCCCUUUCAUUUCUCAGCGGGGCUGGAUUCUUGGGUGGCCAAUGCUGUACUUUCUCUGGCAAUUAUGGAGUUCCAGGGCCGACACGGGCGGAAUCCCAGCACCCUUUUGGAUCCUUGUUGUGGGAGUGGCACCUUGGCCGCGAUGGCGGCAGCUUCAGGGAUCUUUUCCCAGGUCUUUGCUCGGGAUGUGGAUGAGCCGUUUUUGCAGCGCGCCACCGAGAAUUUCGCUCAUUUCUCGACGCAUGCCCCAUUGUCAGCCCUUGAUGUGGGAGUUCAUGAUGCUGCAACUCCUUUCAACCUCCCCCAGCCAGAUAUUAUCAUAGCCAAUCCACCUUGGGGUUGGCGCAUUGGUUUGGCCCGCACGGCCUCCACCGAAGAAAUCCUGGCCAAUUUGCUGCACCAAUUCCCCAGCGCAAUUGUGGCAGUGAUUUGCCCGGAAUUGCCAACGCAGCUGGGACAGUUUCAGGUGCGAUCCAGUUGUGCACUAGGCCAAAGUGCCGUAUGGCAGAAAGUGGCCCGCGCCACAGUGGAGGUGGAUGGCCUGGUUCAAGGACGCAUCGGCACCGGCCUGGUGCUGAUGUUGGGCAUCAGGGAAGGAACCUCCGACGAAGAAAUCGAAACUGCUGCCUCGAAGGUCAUGAAGCUGAAACUGUGGCCGGAAACGCUCCCAGGCGAAGAGAUGCCCAAACCGCCCAAGUUGGCCAACGUCGUGGACAAGGGCUAUGAGGUUUUAGUUCUGCUACAGCAGUCUUUGUGUGCCUCCUUUCCCAGUGCAGCACCGUCCUUGAAGGAGGUCAUGGAGCCUGCCGAAGCGCAGCUGCUCUUCGAGGAGUUCGUGAAGCGGCUACAGCAGCAGUACCAAGAAGAGAUGGUCCUGGCAGCGCCGCAGCGCGGACACGUGCGGAUCGAGAGCACUUCGGAUGGUGAAAUUUUUGACCUCUCAGCUCUUGCGCUGUCUUCGGCUGCGCGCCGAGCAGGUAAGACAGAGAAAGGCACCAAGCCCCCAGCGCUGAACGCGGACGUGUCAUCAAUGACGCGAGCUUUGAAAGUCUUAAAGACGAUGGAAAGGAGCAAGCGAGACCUUGCCGGCGCUCAGCUGUACAAACUCAUGGGUGACCCCAAGUUUCAGCAGCUGCUGGCCGACGCCAACGAGGCCGCCGCCGAGGGAUUUGCCGCAGCUCUGGAGGAGGCGUCGCCUUUCUUCAGCAAGGAACAGCAGGAGCAAAUCACUGAUUGGACCGGCCUGACGAUGACGGCUCCGCCAGAGGAGGCCAAGCCAACGGAGGAGAUGAUCGCCUUGGAACAAUGCAGCGCCCCAUUGGCACGUCGCAGUGAGCGCAGCCGUCGUCGCGAGCGUCGCCGUAAGCCAAAAGCUUUGGCUUUCCAGGGCCUUCGGGGCCUUCGGCCCCAUGCUUCUGAGGAAGAGAUUGAUGAAGCCUUCCAAAGCGCUGUGGUGGAGGCCUGGCGCGACGCCAAGCCCCGGCGCCUGUCGCGGCUGUCGGAGCUGACGGCCAGCUAUGAGGACCUUUUGUCUGGCAAGCCAAGGCAUUUGCACAAGCGCAGGACAGGCGGCAAGAAGAAGCCGCGCUGUCGCUUGCAGAAGCUGCAUGGGCUCCUUCAAUCGUUGCCCUUUCAGCAGCGACGCCAGACCCUUCUGGCACUUUCCGAGACCCAGCGCCGCGCCUUGGAAGGCUGGAUCCUCUCCAAGCACCGCGUGCCGAAUCGCCAGCGCCGCAUCGCCAGCCAUUUCGCUGUGCCGCGGCUGCCGCGGGCAGCGCAGAUUUGGCGUUGUGGCGCGGGCUUCGUGGCGGCAGUGCAUCUGGGACGCGGCCUACAUGCGCAGUCUGGCAAGUGCCAGGACCUCCCGUCAGCAGCGCGGCACUUCUCAGCGCUGCUGCGCUGGCGUGCGAAAUGCCAGUGCCUGCACCUGGAGCUUUGCAAGCCUAGUUCUCAUUGUGAUGCGAAGGAGGCUGAGCUGUUUGCACGGAGCGUGCUGGAGGCGCAGCCUACAAAAGCCACUGGCGCGACGGCCGCGACGGGCGCGAAGCUCUUCCUGCGAGUUCGCAUGAACAUCUCGGGACAGAGGCUCUCCACACCCUUGCGCGCAGAUGUGUCCAUGGUCCUGCUGGAGUGGCUACAACUGGGCUGCCACCAAGGUGAGAGCCUCCAUCCUGGACGACGACCCGAGACGGCGGCCAGCCGAUGGCUACAGACCUGCAAUGCCUGGAGGGAAAUUUGGAAAAAACGCGGUCGAGCACCUGAAUCCAUGCAGAAGCACUUGGCGAAGGCUCAGAAGCGUUUCCACUGCGCCCUGCACGGCUCCUUGCAGCGGCGCCAGAAAGCGCUGCAGCAACUCCUGCAGGAAAAAGCUCCUACUGAGCGCCUCGAAAAGUGA